GGCGGGCGCGGCGGGCGCCGGGGCGGCGGCGGCGGCGGGCGCGGGCGGCGGGCGGGGGAAGAUGGCGGAGCUGGGGAAGAAGUACUGCGUGUACUGCUUGGCCGAGGUGAGCCCGCUGCGCUUCCGCUGCACCGAGUGCCAGGACAUCGAGCUGUGCCCCGAGUGCUUCUCAGCGGGCGCCGAGAUCGGCCACCACCGGCGCUACCACGGCUACCAGCUGGUGGACGGCGGCCGCUUCACGCUCUGGGGGCCCGAGGCCGAGGGCGGCUGGACCAGCCGCGAGGAGCAGCUGCUGCUGGACGCCAUCGAGCAGUUCGGCUUCGGCAACUGGGAAGAUAUGGCAGCUCACGUGGGUGCCUCCCGGACCCCGCAGGAAGUGAUGGAGCACUAUGUAAGCAUGUACAUCCACGGCAACCUGGGGAAAGCCUGCAUCCCCGACACCAUCCCCAACCGGGUGACCGACCACACGUGCCCCAGUGGGGGCCCCCUCUCGCCCAGCCUCACCACCCCCUUGCCUCCCCUAGACAUCUCGGUGGCUGAGCAGCAGCAGCUCGGGUACAUGCCGCUGCGGGACGACUACGAGAUCGAAUACGACCAGGACGCCGAGGCGCUCAUCAGUGGGCUUUCGGUCAACUAUGACGACGACGACGUGGAGAUCGAGCUCAAGCGCGCCCACGUAGACAUGUACGUGCGGAAGCUGCGGGAACGGCAGCGGCGCAAGAACAUCGCCCGUGACUACAACCUGGUGCCCGCCUUCCUGGGCAAGGACAAGAAGGAGAAGGAGAAGGUGCCCAAGCGCAAGAUCACCAAGGAGGAGAAGGAGCUGCGGCUCAAGCUGCGGCCGCUCUACCAGUUCAUGUCGUGCAAGGAGUUCGACGACCUGUUCGAGAACAUGCACAAGGAGAAGAUGCUGCGGGCGAAGAUCCGAGAACUGCAGCGGUAUCGGCGCAACGGCAUCACCAAGAUGGAGGAGUCGGCCGAGUACGAGGCGGCCAGGCACAAGCGGGAGAAGAGGAAGGAGAACAAGAACAGCGCUGGCUCCAAACGCGGGAAGGAGGACGGCAAGGACAGCGAGUUCGCGGCCAUCGAGAACCUUCCGGGCUUUGAGCUCUUGUCGGACCGUGAGAAAGUGCUGUGCAGCUCCCUGAACCUGAGCCCUGCCCGCUACGUGACGGUGAAGACCAUCAUCAUCAAGGACCACCUCCAGAAGCGGCAGGGCAUCCCCUCCAAGAGCCGCCUUCCCAGCUACCUGGACAGGGUCCUCAAGAAAAGGGUGUUGACCUUCCUCACGGAGAGCGGCUGGAUAUCCAGGGACGCCUCCUAGGCCAGGCAUGCACCGGGAGCGGGGCUCUCUCGGAGACGGAUUCCUGCAGGGCCUCUGCCGGCGGGGGCGUCCCGCUGCUGGGCAGCAGGGACCUGUGUCCACCGGUCCUGAAGGCUGCUUCCAGGGACUUGCCCUUCGUGCAUGGGUGGAGGGCUCCCAAUGGACUGCCACCCCCCUUGUUCUGUACAGACUGCAGGGCUGCCAGCCCGAGUUUCCUGUGACAGCCCCCCGGGGGGCCCCCUCCCCCGCACGUGGCACUUUAGAUGGGGCGGGGCAGGUCCCAGCAGGCUCCCCCGAGCCUCCCGCGGGCCCCGGCACCUGUGAGAGCUCCCUGGCUCCUGGACGGUGCUCUGGGGAUGCCCACUAGGAGUGGGGCGGGGUGGGCUGCCAGAAUCUGAGCCAGCUUUCCUGGGGGUGGGGGUGCUUCCUGCUGCUUCCGUCUUCGUCCGGGCGGGUUCGAGCUCAGGCACCGCCUGCUUCUGGGCCUCUCCCCAGUUGCAAGUACCUUAAGUACCUUCUCAGCGAAAUGCUGACGGCUGCCCAGCGAGUGGCGGCUGUGCUGGGCCAGCCAGCAGCAGCUCUGGCCAGGGGCGAGCCUGUGCCCGGUCCUAUGCCAGAGAUUUUCAGGGGCCCGCUCCCAUGGACGCACACGGUACCUUCCUUCUGGAACUCGAGGAAGCCCUUUGUCUUCCGGCUGCUCAGGGGUCUCCUGUCCAAGACCCUGCUUUAGAGUGGGAGUGACUGCAGAAACCCCAGAGGCUCCCUUCUGCCCCCUCACCCAGACUGUUUACCUCCCAGAGUGUUUGGGCUUGAAGUUACAUUAAAGUUAUUUGAAAGAAGAGACCUCAUUUCCAAGGACUUCCUUAAUUCCUAAUUCUGGUGCCUUUUCCUUUCUUCUGUCCCUUUCCCCUAGGCAGUGUUCAGCAUUAAGGACUGUUUCCAGGCCCUCCAAGGGGCAUAACCGUAAGCUGUGAGGCACAAGGGCCCUGGUGACAGUGCUCAAGUUUGCUUAGCGGGAGGCCGCCUCCACUUGUCCCCACAGUCGCAGUUGACAGGGCCUUGUCCAUGGCCAUCGGCGGUGCUGUUUCAUAGGUGUCUCGGCCACUUCUCCCUGGGUAACAUCCUGGCCUCCGGAAUCCCGCCGGGAGGGGGGCUUUGGUACCCGGAACACCAGCUAGUUGGGAGGACCGCUGGCCUCAGUGAUUCCCAUGCCUCCACUGCUUCUCUCAACAGAAGCUUAGUUUGAUGAGGUUUUAAAUUUAGUCUCAUUUUUAUAUAAACAUGAUUUGAGUCAUUAGGCUUGGGAAACAAAUCCCUGUAAAUUUGUGCGGCCUCAGCGGCAGUGUCCGCUGAGGCGUGAGAUUGUCCUUUGGAAGGUCCAAAGACUCCUCAGGUAUGGCUGGCAGCGGCAGCGGGCUCGGAUUCAUUCACUCAGGGAUCACUGCUGUUGUCAGGGACAGCUGCCUCUCGCCCAUCAGCCCCAGCUGUCACUGUCGCAUCUGACCCUGACCUGAGUGCAGAGCCUUCAUGUUUUUGUAUUUCUCGUGAGAAACUGGUCUCAAGCCCGUGCAAUUAGGUCUUUACAAAAUUUAAACUCUUUGAUCCACAGACAUACAAAAGAAUGCUCUGAUGGCCAACAAUCCAAAACUGUGUUGAAACCCAACUCUGGCUCCUGUUUUGAUUUCCCUGUUGCACAUUAAACACGUUGAGAACGAG